AUGGCAGGUAUAGAGUGAUACUUGUUCUAAUUGAGCUUCCUGUUAAUAACACUCAUGCUGUUGUUUUGUUUCAUACAGAACUAGUGAGGGAAAAGCUUGCUUUUAAUGAAAUAUUUAUCAUGCGUUGAGAAACAAGUCAGUAAACCCAGCCAAAAGCUAAUGUCAUCAGAAACGCCAGCAGAAAGUCCAGAGGUGCCAGCGGAAAAUACCAUGUCCCUUGAAGUUCCUGAUGUGGAAGGAAAGGUGAAGUCAAGUGACAAUCCAGUAGAGAGACAGGAGGCAGGCUCAGAUGAGGAAGAAUGCCUUGAGCCCAUGUCCAAGAGGCAAAGGAAGAAGCUAUUGAAGCAGAAACAGUGGGAAGAACAGAAAGAUCUACGGAGGCAGAAACGAAAAGAAAAACGCCAGAAGAGAAAACUAGAACGUCAGUCAAAAUUGGACUCCAAUCACGAAGGGAAUGACAGAAAGCGGAUGCGAAGGGAAGUAGUUCCUAGUACACUUCGCCUCAUUGUGGACUGCAGCUUUGAUGACCUGAUGGUGCUAAAGGAUGUUAAGAAGCUUCACAAGCAAAUUCAGAGAUGUUAUGCAGAAAACCGCAAAGCAUUUCAUCCUGUGCAGUUUUACUUGACCAGCCAUGGGGGACAGUUGAAGAGCAACAUGAAUGAAAAUGACAAAGGAUGGGUGAACUGGAAGGAUAUCCAAAUUAGAACAGAACACUAUAGUGAGCUAAUAAAGAAAGAAGACCUAGUAUAUCUUACCUCAGAUUCCCCGGCUGUUCUUGGUGAGCUUGAUGAGAAGAAAGCCUACGUGAUUGGAGGACUGGUGGAUCACAAUCACCACAAGGGAAUUACUUACAAAAAAGCUGUAGAACAGGGAAUUGGUCAUGCACAGCUCCCACUUGGAAACUUUGUAAAGAUGAACAGUCGGAAAGUGUUAGCCGUCAAUCAUGGUAAGUUUUAA